UUUUGGUUUUUAGUCUGUCUCGAUCGAAUUCAGUUUAGAAAAAUGGGUUGUAUUUCUGUAUUGGUAAAAUAUUUGUUAUUUUUAUUCAAUUUUUUCAUAGUGGUAUGUGGCAUCGCUCUUAUAGCAAUAGGUGCCAUUAUGGUAAAAAAUGAAAACAAAGGUCUUGACUCAGUCACCGACUUUUCUGUUAGUGGUUUUGCUAUCGUUGUUGGUGCUACAAUUUUUGCUAUCGCUUUCUUGGGAUGUUGCGGAUCUAUUAGGGAAAAUGGCUGCAUGUUAACGACUUAUGCAGUUAUUAUAAUUAUUUUAUUAAUUUUGCAAAUUGCCUUGGGAAUUAUGGCCUUCGUAGCAAUCAAAAAUGACGACAAAGCUUUAGAUAAAAAAGUGAGAGGAGUUGUCAAAAAUGUAUUUGAUGAUUAUGUAAAAGAUCCAACAAAAGAGAAAAAAAAAGUAAUUGAUACAAUCCAGCAAGACUAUGAAUGUUGUGCCGUUGAUGGACAAACUAAUUGGACACACUAUUGGACAAAACCGCCAAUUAGUUGUUAUAAAGACAAGGAUGAACAACAAAGUAAACUUUUCAAAAGCGGUUGCGCAACACACUUCCAAGAAGUGAUCACUUAUGACAUUAAAAUCAUUGGUGGAAUUGCCCUUGGAUUUGCAGCAGUUGAACUUGUGUGUGCCAUUUUUGCCAUUAUCGUCAAGAACGCAAGAUCAAAUCAUAAUCUUUAAUUUAGAAAACUAUUUACUACCAAUAAACUUUUUUAGAAAACUUU